GUCAGUCAUGACAGUACCUUGAUACAACUAAGUUGGUCGAAAGCUUCAAGUUCCAGCAUAGCAUUGGCAGUACGGCAGCGCAUGUGUUAAAUGACAGCAGUCGUACGCGUUUAAGCUGUUUUGGUAAAUCUGAGGCUGUGGUAGAUAAACAAUUCAGCGCUGAGGUGCAGCAAUGAUUUUGCCCUCAAUUCCAAGAAGUAAUGCCGAGGUAGUUCAUUAGUGCUCUGCAAGUUCAUCAACCACUGGGGUUGUGCUCCAAUUGUUCAUAGAAGGGAGACAGGCACAUACUGUUAAGUGUGACUAUCACAAGAUGAUACUGAUCCCUCGUUGCCAUGUGUCACCCAGCCAUGAAGAAUACUGGGAUAAGAUUGCAAAGAAGACAGGAUGCAAGACUUCUGAGUGGUAUGGGGGAUAUCACAUUCUCUCUGGUAUCCUUCACAAGUACAUCAAACCCACUGACACCACCCUCAUCAUCGGCGGAGGCAACUCUCAUCUCAGCGAGGACCUCUAUGAUGUGGGCUACCACUCCCUUGUUAGUCUCGAUGCCAGCGAGGCGGUGGUCAAGCAGAUGACUGACAGAAACAGCAAGGCAAGACCACUGAUGAGAUUCAUCAAGAUGGACGUGAUGCAGAUGGAUUUUGAUGAUGGCUCUGUGAAUGCCGUCCUUGACAAAGGCUGGUUGGAUUCCAUCAUGGCUGGCAGCCAGGAAGGGGCUGUUGAAACGGCCAGUUGCUUCUUUGACCAGAUUCACCGCAUCCUCAAGAUGGGAGGACGUUACGUCUGCAUAACGCUUGCAGCUGAUCAGACUGCGAGACACCUAUUGGAAUACUUCAGUGAAAAAGGCUGUAUGGUGCGUCUUCAUCAGGUGACCAGGGCAGAACAAGUUGCCGGGGAGACCCAGCUGAAAUCCCAGCAAGGUCCAGUUUUUGCCUUCGUCUGUACCAAGUUCAAAUCCAUUCCAGGAAUGUCUUUGCCAUUGGAGGUCUGUCUAACUGACGCUGUCACACCGCAGAGGGUGGAGUCAGGGGACAAGAUCCUGACAGUCAUUGCUGAAUGCAGACACUAUGCAAUAGUCAGGCACCAACUCCAGACAAAGACAGGCCUGGUUGACAGGUUUUCUGUGGAGUUUUAUGACAGCACAAAGCUGGAGAGCCCUCGCUACACGACACAUGUAGUUGAUAGUGACAGCAAAAACUAUGGGUUAUCACAGAAAUUUGCCAUCUUCAUCACACCUCAGGGAAGAGAGACAGAAUGGAUGUUUUCCACAGACAAAGGCAGAAGAAAGUUAGCCGAAUCGGCAGGGUUCCAGCGACUGCUUGUUGUGUCGUUACACCGGGAUCAUUUUUACACUGACAUGAGCUCCAUCAAGGCAGAGCUGUCCAGUCAAGUCAUGGAGCUUGCUCCGCCAGGACUUGACGAAAGCAUACAGGUACCCUUCAUAUCAGUCGGGGAUGACAUAGGGCAGAGAGACGUGCUUUAUAGAGGCAACAGCCAGUGGACGGGAGACUUUGUGGUGGAGGACGUGAAGAGUGACGACGGGGAAACAUUCAGGAGGCUUCUGUUUUUGAGUGGCACGCUGAUUCAGUCACAGGCUCGUCUUAAAAAAGAACGACCCAGAAAGGGGAGGCAAAAACAGAAGGACAAAGGAUCCGGGUCAAAGGUCGCCAUUGAUUUCAAUUACUUGGACUUUAACUUUCACAAGCACAUGGUGGCAGGCCUCGCUGCAGUCCCACAAUUCCUUGACCUUCUUGCCAGGGAGAUGCGGCUUUUAAUCGUUGGUCUUGGCGCUGGUAUUCUGCCUAUGUUUUUGCACCAACACUUCCCAAAGCUACUCAUUGAUGUGGUGGAGUUAGAUGCAGCAAUUGCUGAGGUAGCUAAGUCUUGCUUUGAAUUCACUGAAGAUGAACGAAUGAAAGUGUCUAUAGCAGACGGGCUGGAGUACAUCACAAGGCUAGCUGAAGAAACCACCAGCCCUACCUACCAUGUCGUCUUGUUUGAUGUUGACGCCAAGGAUCUCUCAACAGGCCUCAACUCUCCACCAAGACCCUUCAUCGAAAAAGCCUUCCUGAAGAAAGUGGACUCCAUUUUACAUCCACAAGGAUUAUUCAUGUUGAAUCUGAUCAGCCGUGAUGAUAGCAUCAAACAGGAUGUCAUCAACGACAUCAAGACUGUCUUCCCAUCCAUCUUCACAAAAGGUGGCAAGGAUGAGGUCAAUGAGACAUUAUACGCUAUCUCCAAAGCAAGACACAAGAGGGCGCCAGAACAAGACACAGAGGAGACUUCCAAAUCAGGACAGGAUGCUGCCUCACCCUCACGCUCAAACAAGGAGCAGUUGUCAUCUCUUUCUGAUGAUGGCACUGCCAACUCGGCUUCCGAACUUCUUGGCAGACUGCCAACAUGCGGUAAGCAGCUUCAGAAGCUAGCCCAGUCAUGCAGCAAGGGACUGUGGGACCAUGACCUGGACUUGAGCCUAAUACUUGCAAAUCUUCAGAUCAGGUAACGAGUCUUAAAACUAGUAAAUUUUGGUUCAGACAAAUACAUUGUGUGUUGGUUGCUCGUGAAACAUGACAUAGCAAGGAUGAACUCAUGUGCCCAUGUUUCAUUAGUUUCAAACCUUUUUUGGUCAUGAAUAUAAUGUUAAGCAAGACUUCAAUGUAAAGUAAGAUUAAGGUUAUUAUUUCACUCUGCUUAUUGAAGCAUAAAUGUAUUUAUUAGAGUGGGCAACCUGUCUCAGCUGAUCAGUCUUUAAAAAAAGAGUCAGUUGACAUUUCUCAUUGCCUAGCAUGGGAUCCUCCCUUACACAAACAUGAACCAGUGGGGUCAGAUCAAAUAGUCACACUGCAAAUUUGUAAAAGUUGAGCGCGCCCUAAGUCAAGUAAAAUUUCACUUCAGUUGUUUGUGACAUCAAAUCCACUUUGCUCUCACUUUUGUCUGAACCCAGCUUGAGGUAUUCUCCUUGCCAGAUUUGAGCAGGAUGGGAAGGCAUGUACAUGUCUUCCGUAUGUUCAGUAACCCAGUGAAAUUCUAAUCAAAUUUUGCCUUAAGGUAGGUCUUGCUGGACUUUGUCAGUUUCACUCCCCGUAAUAUGGGGGACUACAGCUGAACAUGAUGUACCAUGUAAUUUUCUUCAGGAGCAUUACUCCUUAAUAUGAGGUUCCUGUUGAGGCUUUUAUUCUCUAGGGAGAUUUUUGAAAUGGACACAGAAUGAAGUGAACUUUGAUAGUAAUUCCUCCAAGCUAACCGAAAUAGUGAGGGAUCGUGUGAACUUUUCAUGAGAAAAUGUUCACAAAUGUGUGUAACUAUUUGGGAACAGAUAUGUUUGGGAGUGUACUUCUGUGAGCUCAGUCAAGUUAUUCCUAAACUUUCCUUGUUAAGUUUGUCCAGUUUCAGUUCCACCUCGCUAACUUAGGUAACUACAGGAUUCUGUAGAACGAUCAAAGUUUGUGCAAGUAUUUGACCUUAAGAAAAAUGAUCAAAUGAUACGCAUAUUAACGCUACUUCUUGGAAUUGCUUACAAAGAGGUCCUCCGUCAGUUCUGAUGCAAUGAAAGUUGUCAGAUCCUGAGACCUGUUCCCUAUGAAGUUUUAGGUUACGGUACACAGAGUCAAGUCCAACGUACUCAAAGACUUUUGCUUUUUUCAUUUUUUUUUUUACUUGGCAAAGUCCCCACAUUGGGAUAUCAUGGCAAGGAUGCGCGUAAGGCUGAUGAACAUCUGGUAUGUACUGAGGGUGGUUUUGAACAGAGAUAAUGAAGCAGAAGUGACUGUAGGAAGGUUAUUCCAAAGAGUAUUUGUAAACAUUGGUGUGAGAAAAUAUUUGGCGAUAUUUCAUGAUGGCCACAUGUUCUUGGGAUGGCUGGAGUUAAAAAAUUAUGUACAUGUAGGCUGAGAGAUGGUAACUGGUCGUGGAUAUAUGUCGGGCAUUUCUUUGACGGGCUUAAAUUUCCACUGACUGCCAUUUCAAUUUCUUUACCAUUAAAGUCACGCUCUCAGUGGGACAAUA